AAACAAGACUACAGCUCCUAACAGCUGAGCUAAAUAAGGGAGAAAGGCGGUUAAACGACGCCGGUUCACGCUGCUCGGUCCCCGGCUGCCCGCUGAGAUGGAUGUCCGACAUGGGCUGUAGACUUCUGCGGCGGGACUGAAGAGGAUGGGCCCAGUGUCCCGGUGCCUGAGGAGAUGUCUCUGGGUCGGCUCCUGCGGCGUGCCUCCUCCAAGGCCUCCGACCUCCUGACCUUUAACCCCGGGGCGGGGGGCACAUCGCUGCGCUCGGGCCUGGAUGGCGAGGUCAUCUUCUCCAAGAAUAAUGUUUGUGUGCACCCUGCGGAGCACCUGCCCGGCCUGGCGGAGCACCACCCAGGCUACCUGUGUGUGCACACGGAGAAGGAUGAGAGCCUGGGCACCACCCUGAUUCUGACCUGGGUGCCCAACUCGCGCAUCCAGAGACAGGAUGAGGAGGCGUUGCGCUACAUCACGCCAGAGAGCUCCCCUGUACGCAGGAACGCCCGCCGCAGAGGCCGACGACCCCAUUCUCGUCACCCAGCAGCCCAGGAGGAAGAUGAGGACGAGGAGAGGAACAUCACCAGCAGCACCUCAGCAGAGAGCCAGAGCCUGGUGGUGGAGGCCGGAGCAGAUCCCUCCUCGCACCAGCAGCAGCUGCCCUCGGCGGGGGAGGAGGGCGACGAGGGCUCCUGCGAGCUGUCGGACGAAGUGAGUCGGGACAGCACCAUGGGUUCGGACUCGGACACUUUCUCCUCCCCCUUCUGCUUGUCCCCCGUCAGCGAGGCCCUGUGUGAAAGCAGCGGCUCUGUCUUCCUGGACAGUGAAAGCAGGGAGCUGUGCGAGGAGUCCAUGACCCACUCCGCAAGCUCCGCCUCCAGCCUGGACAGCCACGCCCCGUCCGAGAGCAGUGGCCAGUCGCAGGGCGCGCGGUGGGAGGAGCAGCAGAAGGUGCUGGCUCUGGAGCAGUUGUGUGGCGUUUUCAGGGUGGACCUGGGUCACAUGAGGUCGCUGAGACUCUUCUUCAGUGAUGAGGCGUGUACCAGUGGCCAGCUGGUGAUAGCCAGCAGAGAGAGCCAAUAUAAGAUCCUCCACUUCCAUCAUGCUGGCCUGGACAAGCUGGCCGAGGUCUUCCAACAGUGGAAGUGCUGCAGGGAAACUCAGCUCAAAGACCAGGUGUCAGUUGAGAAAUCCUGCAUGCAGUUUUCCAUCCAGAGGCCCACCCUGCCGUCGGCUGAGACCCACCCAGAGGAGAAGCUUUAUCGGCGGCUGGACGUCACCACCUGGCUGCGUCACCUGAACCACAGUGGGCAGGUGGAAGAGGAGUACAAGCUACGCAAGGCCAUCUUCUUCGGUGGCAUCGACCCAUCCAUCCGCGGCGAGGUGUGGCCCUUCCUGCUGCACUACUACAGCUAUGACUCCACCUCUCAGGAGAGGGAGGCCUGGAGGCUGCAAAAACGCACCCACUAUCAUGACAUCCAGCAGAGGAGGCUGUCCAUGAGCCCGGAGGAGCACAGCGAGUUCUGGAGAAAGGUCCAGUUCACAGUGGAUAAAGACGUGGUGAGGACGGACCGCAGCAACCACUUCUUCAGAGGAGAGAAUAACCCCAACGUGGAGAUCAUGAGGCGGAUUCUGCUCAACUAUGCAGUGUUUAAUCCAGACAUGGGCUACUGCCAGGGCAUGUCUGACCUGGUGGCUCCCCUGCUCACUGAGAUCCAGGAUGAAAGCGACACCUUCUGGUGCUUCGUCGGCCUCAUGGAGAACACCAUCUUCAUUAGCUCACCUCGUGAUGAAGACAUGGAGAGGCAGCUGAUGUACCUGCGGGAGCUGCUGCGUCUCAUGCUGCCCCGCUUCCACCAGCACCUCACCAGGCUGGGGGAGGACGGCCUCCAGCUGCUCUUCUGCCACCGCUGGAUCCUGCUCUGCUUCAAACGAGAGUUCCCCGACACCGAGGCUCUGCGAAUGUGGGAGGCCUGCUGGGCACACUACCAGACGGAUUACUUCCACCUGUUCCUGUGUGUGGCCAUCAUCGUUCUCUACGGGGAGGAUGUGACCGAACAGCAGCUCGCCACUGACCAAAUGUUGCUCCACUUCAGCAACCUCUCCAUGCACAUGAAUGGAGAACUGGUGCUACGCAAGGCCCGCAGCCUCCUCUACCAGUUCCGCCUCCUCCCCAGAAUCCCAUGCAGCCUACACGACCUCUGUAAACUGUGUGGCCCGGGGAUGUGGGACAGCCGCUACAUCCCCACUGUGGAGUGUUCUGGUGAACACCCAGACUCGCAGAGCUGCCCCUAUGGAGGCACCUCCACGCCCCAGCCCUCCUCACCUUCCCCGUCAUCCACGCCUUCACCCUCACCAAACCCCACCACCACGCCUCCACCGGUGGGCAAGAAAGGCUCCAAAACCCGGGAUAUUUUCACCUUCCGGAAACAGUCCUGAGGUGGAGGCGAGGGGGAGCUUUGCUGGUCUUGGCUCGUGUUAGUACAGCAAAGGUUUGGAUCCAUCUGCUGGAUUCCUGAACUAUUUGCUGCCCCCCUUCUCUCCACAACCCCUGCUUCUAGUUUCACUGUUACUGAGGAUUUUUGUCACUUGAUCCGUUCAUGUGGUGCAACGUGGAACACUGUCUUACCAGAAUGUUACUUACAGCGUUCGGCAUCACGUGAAAUCUGCGAUGAGGGCAGUUUCGCUGCCCGACGGGCCGGAAGACGAGAGGCUGCUUUCCUCUUGGAGCAGAACAGACAAUCACCAGGCGCUCUGUUGGUCUGGAGCUUCUUCAGGUUCGAGUCUGCUGCUGGCUUGGCAUACUUCCAUGGGCUUUUUAGCCAGGGGUCACAUCAGGGUCUGAGGCAACCAGCCUGCAGACUCUGACCGCGGGUCAAACGAAACUGGAGACUCAUUCACAGGACUUGAACUUGAACUUGGAAAAAAAAAGUUCCUGUGUUCUCACAGCCGAAUAUUUGUGUGAAUAUCAAAUUAUAUGUGCAUAUCUCAAGUCUGAGCAGGACAUUUCUCACAUGAAUCCAAACCCUCUGUGUUAACAAAGACGGGUUAACCUACAAAUAGGAUUCUAACUAAUUGCCGGUACUUUUAAGUUUUGUUUUCGCUUUCAUUUCCAACCAAGUGAAUGUUUGCGUUUAUAUCAGAGAUAUCAAAGUUACCAAUAUUUAGCAAUAUUAUAUCCUUGCAUGAGUGAUUCUUGACAUUAUAGAGGGCGCAACAUGUUUGUUGGAAAACACUCGAGCCCAAAACAGAGGUAAGAAUGUGUUUACAUGACAAACACAUCGCGACAGGGCUCCGCAUAUUUCCUCAUCAGAUUUUGUUUGGGAACAUUUUCAUAAUUCUGUGUUAAAACGGUGUUUCCAGACAGGCAGGAGGCAGCCAGGCGUAUGUUUCCUUCUGAUAAAGUCUGACACGGACGUUUAUUUUACCUGUCGAGCAACAAGAGCUGAACCAUUUACACAUUACCAUCACAAGGUAUAAUAUGAGUUUCCUGUUCGAGGUGUUGGAUGGAUAUGACAGCGCCGUCUGCCAAAGAAAGCAUAGAUCAAGUUGUUAUCCUGACAGAGAAAUUGAUGGCCUUGUGUUUUACUUGAAGUUUGGUCUUGAAACCACGUUUAGACAAAUUGUGAAAAAAUUGUCAGCACAGUGUUAUCGGUUUUUUUUUUCUCUCCACUUUCACCUGAAAAUGAACAACGAACACACGAACCACACUGAGAAUCAGUCCACAUGAAUGUAUCUGUGUUUUCUUCUUCUUCUCGCUCAGCAACAACAGUGUGAAACUCUUGGGUGUACGCGUGGGUGUGUGUAUAAACUGGAGUGACCUCUAAACAUCUGGUAAUGAGUUGGAGAACAGCUGUAGAAAAGCCCCCCCCCACCUCCCUGACCAGUCUCUUUAAUUAUAGCAGUCAUCAUGGGGGAGAGAAAAGAAGAAAGAAAAGCUGCUCUGGAGAAGAAUGCGAUAUGGAGAGGAAUGGGAUGAUUUAGGCUUCAUGCUGGGAUGUAUAGUGAGCUUGUGUCUUUGAUUUGCAGGUCCCAGAUGUAAAGGUGGUCUUUUCCCAGAGAGCUUUUGAGUGACGCUCCUUUAACAGCAUUUUCAAGAUGUGAAAACAUCUUGAAAAUGCUGCUAAAAUGCUGCUAAAUUCUGUCUCUCUCUCUCUCUCCCUCUCUCUCAUGGUCGCUCUCUCACUCAGCAAGAAAUCUCUGCAAAUGACAUUCAUAACUGCUCCUUUUCCCUAUCAGUUAUUAUGUGCAGCUGCUUUCAGGAAAUGCACGCAGAGUUUUGAAGAUUGGCCGGCUGCGUUAAAAUGAGCAAAGUCUAGAGAUGCACGUUGGGAAAGUAAUCAAACUGGGUGUGUAUGUGUGUGUCUGUGUGUGUGUGUGCCUCAAUGAACUCAUGAAUUUUAUUCAAAUCCUCAUUGAAAUCACAUUGUCUGCACAGCCACUCCGAGUCACGAGCCUAAUUAGCGACUACUCCUAUUUAACGGGGGUUUGAUCAGUCAUCACUGAAUGUACAAUGUUGCUGUUAAGCUCCAUGAUAUGCUGAUGUAUUACUGUACACAUCUCAGAAAAAAGAGCCUAUUCUUGGUACUGAUAAAAACACAGUCAUACUUCAAAGAAACAUGUUUUACUGAACAACGAAAUGUACUCAGCGUACAAUUUAUAAAUGCCUUUCUGACAAUAAAUGACUUGUGAUUGUGAUCUGAUACCAAGUAAAAACAAUGCUGGGAUUUACAAACCACCACCUUUUCAUCAUUAAACACUGCUUAA